AUGGCGCUGCGAAUGCCCCGACCAUCCGGUGGAAAUCUGGGCCGGACAAAGAAUCUCAUUCAUUUCGCCCAGGCGUUUAUCAUCUUCCUUGCCUGGGCAUUGACGAUCGCGAUUUGGACAAAAGGUGAUGGCAUUGAUGGCCGGACCGUGUAUUAUUGGAUCCUGUGCUGGGUCAGUUUACCCGCCUUGAUCUACCUUGCCGGCGUGCCCAUGUGGCCUCGUGCCCGGCGUUUCGGAAACGUCUACGCCUUUGCUGCGGUCGACGCGAUCUAUGCUAUUUGCUGGUUCGCGGCAUGGGUGUGUCUGGCUUCAUAUGUUGCUCAAGGAAAAUCCAUCGGAAAGUCCUCUACCAGCGACAAGGACUCCAGCUCCUCGAGUUCCACGAGCUCGAGCAAACGUGCCACCACCACUACGACAAGCUCGAAGAGCACCACAACCUCCAGCAGUGGCUCUGGCUGCGCCAACUGGGCAUACGGCAAUGAAACCAAGUGCAACAUCAGCACAGCAACGACCAUUAUCGGCGUUGUAAUCUUCAUUCUUUUUGCCAUCACAGCAUGGAUGUCCUUCCGCAAUGUGAUGCACUUCCGCCGCACCGGUACGCUCCCCGACGCCGUGUCUGACCCGACCUUUGCCGCCCAGUCCAAAGCCGCCUUCAACUCGAAUCCAGCCCACGACUUCGAGGAGGACGAGGAUGACUUCCGUUCCGGCAGGGCCGGUAUGGGUGCUGCCUCGUCCCGUGGCGAUCAAGAUGAGGAUUACGCUCUGUUGCAACAGAGCGAAGUGGAUGACUUGGGCAACCGGUCGGCGAUGCACGGUGCCUAUGACCCCACAGCGCCCGCGCCCGGGGGCGUUCUUCAUGACUUUAAUAGCACAGGCUACGGCGGUGCGCACGGCCAGCACAAUGUCCCAUACACCCCAUCCGACUAUGGAUCCGCCCAUCCAGACUACAACUCAUCGACGAUGAGCGGGUAUGGACGAGUAUGA